CAAUCCAAACGCGAGGUUUACACUUCCAUCCAGCACUAUAACUGGUGUCUUUUGGUUGUUUUGAAGACAUUUCUUUAAUCGCUCAGUGAGCUCGUUUUCUCAGGUGCCAGGAGCUAUGUCGGGACGCGGGAAGCAGGGCGGCAAGGCUCGCGCCAAGGCCAAGACGCGCUCGUCGCGCGCCGGGCUCCAGUUCCCGGUGGGCCGCGUCCACCGCCUGCUCCGCAAGGGCAACUACGCGGAGCGGGUCGGGGCGGGCGCGCCGGUGUACCUGGCGGCCGUGCUGGAGUACCUGACGGCCGAGAUCCUGGAGCUGGCGGGCAACGCGGCCCGCGACAACAAGAAGACGCGCAUCAUCCCGCGCCACCUGCAGCUGGCCAUCCGCAACGACGAGGAGCUCAACAAGCUGCUGGGUAAAGUCACCAUCGCGCAGGGCGGCGUCCUGCCCAACAUCCAGGCCGUGCUGCUGCCCAAGAAGACCGAGAGCCACCACAAGGCCAAGGGCAAGUGAAACUUUACUAACCCAGCAGCCCCUAUCCCGUAAAUGAAAGGCUCUUUUCAGAGCCACCCAUAUUUUGUGGAAAGCGCUGGGAUACUUAAAAACCCUAGGUGACGUGAUUUUUAAAAUUUCUCUGUUUAAGAAAUGAUUCAGUUCUUGUUAUGUUCUUGAUUCAGUUCUUGUUACGUAGUGGUCAUUUCAAGUGUUGAAGGACCUAGCGUAGUGGUGUAAGG